AUGACUAGGUUCGAGUGGAGAGCACGGCUGAGUGCUUGUCUGGAUGCAGCAUGCGGCCUGUCUCAUCUGCACAACAUGACCCCGCGGGCUUUCCAUCGCGACAUCAAGGGCCCCAACAUCCUCCUAGACAAGAACGGAACUGCCAAGAUGGCCGACUUCGGCCUCUCCUGUGUGUCCGCCGGCGCCCAGCACAAAGUGCAACAGGCCAGUGGCACCGUUGGCUAUGCAUGUCCAGAGUACAUCCGGACGGGCAUCAUCACGGAAGGGAGCGAGGUGCACAGCUUCGGGAUGGUGGUUCUAGAGGUGCUCACUGGGGCCCCGCCGGCUGUGGCCAAGCCAAACACUCCGGGAGAGUUCAGCUAUCUGGUGGACCACAUUCGUGGCAGCAAGACCAAGGUGUCGCAAAUGCUGGAUUCGACCGGCAACUUCCCACAGUCUGUUUCACAGGCGAUGACGGAUGUGGCCUUCCGCUGCAUCCAGCCGGUUCCAGCGGAGCGGCCGCUCUUCAAGCUUUUGGUGGAGGAAUUGAGGGAACUGCACCUGUCUUCGGCGGCACUUGUUACCGAUGCCACGACCAAUGGAGGCUCUGCUGCUACAAAUGCACACCAGGAACAAGCUCAGGGGCUACCACGAGAGUCGCGGGAGCGUGAGAAGCCCCAGGUGCGGCGAGUGGUACUUUCAGCUGGCUUGGCCGUUCUCAGUCGCUACCGCGGAAGUGGAGUCUGGCUCCGUGGACAGAUCCUGAAGGACAACGGCAAUGGCACUUUCCAAAUCCAGUAUGAUUCAGGGGAGAUUGAGCUGAACGUUCCUUCCGCAAACCUUCGACUAGAGAGGACGGAAGUUCCAGCCACGCCUGCUGGGUGGCGUGUCGCCAGACCGGAGCUUGAGGGUCAGAGCCAGCUUGGGCAGCUCGGCCAGCUUCCUCCCCAGCCGGUCCCGCAGCCGGCCCCGCAGCCGGCCCCGCAACCGCUGCAGCCGGUCCAACCAAAUGCGGGACCUCCACCACCGCCACCGCCACCGCCCCAGGGUCGUGGUGCCGCACCUCUUCAAUGGGCAGCGCCGGCCACAGGGCAGCGGAGCGGAGCAGAUUGGAAUGGCACCAGCUCCCAGGCCAAAGGUGUGGGGCUGGGAGUCGCCCUUUGCUGGGUACCACCUGAAGCCUUUGCUGCUUUUAGGGAGAAGGAUUGGCCGACACUCGGAGUGGAUGGAGGAGAUGCAUCCGGGAACCACGAAGUCCUCGACCCCAGUGUUGUUCCGCCCUACCACUUCUGGUGCAUCUAUGCUGAGGGAGUGGACCUGGCCACGCUGACCUCCGAGCAGCGUGCUGUGCCGGGGAGCGGCAACGCGGAGUCGAUCUUCGGCAGAACGGCGCAGCCGAACACUGUCUGGGAGACACUGGUGCCCAACAGGUUCAACCACUCGACCAUCUCUCGCGAGCACCUAAAGGUGAUGGCGCGGAGCUCUUCCAAGCAUCUGGGUGUACCCCAGGUGUCCUUCGGCAUCACUUGCUUGUCUCAGAAUUCCAUCUUCUUGAACGGGCAGCACAUGGACAGAAGUUCGGGAGAGCAUCCGCUGCAACACGGGGACGUGCUGUCCCUGGCCGCUCAUCCCGUGUCGUCAGGAGACGGCCAGAAGAAAGUCUUCGUUGUUUUUCAGUUCGAGGUGCUCGGGCCGAGCCCCGCUGCCGCAGCCCUGCCUACGAUCCGGCCGAGUGAUGACUGCGAUGUGCAGGAGGAGCCGAUGCAGCUGCAACCAGCGAAAGGGCCCUUCGAUGUCCUUCACAGCCAAGAGGAACUGCAGCACCCUCCGAACGGAACGGUCGCCGGCCGAUGGCGCACCUCGGCCUCGGCGCCGGCGCCCUCGGACGCGCUCUACGCUCUCGAGGUUCACGGAGAUGAGGUCCGGGAAUGGCUGCCUGCCGAAGAGAGGCAGCUCUUCGGCUGUGAGCCUGCGUCCUCGGAGGCCUCCCCAUGGCUUCGUGUCGGCCGCUUCUACCAGAGGGGACUCUGGGAGCGCAUCCUGAGCGAUGAAGUGCUCAAAGGAGGCACUUUGUGGGGAUCCAUCAUGGCACAGGACCACUUCGAAAUUCUGGCUGUCUUCCGAGCCGCCGGAUUGGUGCUUCAGAUUGCGCGUGCCAACCUCAAGCCCACGGCCUCUGUUGUUCGGGAAGACGGUUCAGACGGUCCGCCAACAGCUGAAGGGCUUUCACCUGACCUUCAUACCACUCGUGGGGACGAGGGCCCAGAGAUGCAGUGCCUUCGCCAACUUGGCUUCCGCUCCUCUCUGAAAGUGAGGCCCGAGGCGGAGUUCGCGAGCUUCCUGGAGCCGGAGCCGGGUGAACGUCCGCAGCUCCCAGAGCUGUCAGACUCUGAGAACGAGGGAUCCGGUCACGGGAGACCAGGAGGAAGCGCUUCACUCCUGGCCCCUGCAUAUCCGCGUGCGGGGGCACUGCGGCCACCAACCGACGCAACGAGCCAAGAUGUGGCCAACCGCAGUCCGGUUGCGACAAAGCGCCUGGGUGACUGGUUGGUGCGACGCAUGUUCUGCUGCGCGGGUGCUGUCGUCUUGGUCCAAAACCUGAUGCUGCUGAAUUGGACAGCGCAGAUGCAGAUCACGACCCCGGGGCCCCCGGAGCCUUGCACCUCCGCGCCGGCUGCGGAGCCAAUCCCCCCAUCGCCCGAGACAGCUGCGACAGGCUGGAAGGAGGAAGUUGAGGAGGCGAAAGCCAUGUUGGAGUCAAAGUCGAAGCUUGUUCAAGCUUUGGAGGAGGAAGUCGCGAGCCUGAAAGCAAAGAUUGCAUCAUCUCCUCGCGUUCAGGCUCCUGUGCCCAAAGUGGCACCGAUGACCGUUGCGACCAGCAUGGACUCCAUAAGGCUUUUAGAUCCGACAAGCAGGCAGCUUGGUAGGGAGUCCUCGUUACACUCAGUCUCGCGAGAAGAGUUGCGGAUUUUCGGAAACCCAGUACCCCCCGGGGUUUCCAUGGCCGUCGGAUUCGGCAGCGUCAAGCGGAAGAAAGAUUAUGUACUGGACACGGUGAGCCUCAUGCUAGGUCUGCAGGGCGAAACCCACGUUUCUCCAGAGGAACGCAGCAGUGUGGUCAUCGUGGCUCAUUUUGCUGACUUCGACACCGCUUGGGUCAAUCAGACAGCCGGCACGCUCCAAGAGCAGUAUAAAGAGCUCAUCGCUGCUGGUCACUUUCACGCUUUGCAUGCCAAAGAAGAGUUCUAUCCGCCGCUGGACAUAUGCCCCCCGACGUGUACCUACAAGGAUAAUGCACGUCGUGUGAGAUGGCGCGCAAAGCAGAACAUCGACUAUGCCUUCUUGAUGUAUUAUGCCGCCUCCCUAGCUCCUUAUUACCUGCAACUUGAAGACGACAUAAAUUUUGCCCACAACUGGGUUUCGAAGAUAAAUGACUUCGUAACGUCGUCUUACCCACCGACUUACAAGUCGAAAGAGAAUGCCCCAUGGAGGAUGAUCGAUUUUUCGCAACUGGGAUUCAUCGGGAAAUACUUCCAGUCAAACGAGCUUACACGCCUUGCACAAUUCCUUCUCCUAUUCUAUGACCAGAUGCCAUGUGAUAUCCUGAUCAACCAAUGGAUGUUGUCCAUGACGCAAGGGAAGAAGAUAGAAUACUUCAAAAGUCACACUUCCUUGUUCCAGCACGUCGGUGUCUUCCGCACUUUGGGCGAUGGAUACCAGAUACUUCAGGACACCAAGUUUGGCAAGACACUUUGGGAUAAUCCUGCCGGCGAGCUUACGAAGAACUUAACAAUCGUGCCGACCUAUGAUGUAAAGUUUCUCUAUUUCCCAAACGGCGAACCUGCGAAGCGGAAGGACAUCUGUGACUUCUCUGCGAGCCCCAAACAGAAGACUGCCAAACGCUGCUGGUUGUGGGCUACUCAUGUCCAAGCGGGUCAGCAUGUCACCUUAACUUUUGCCAGCGCGGUGAGAGUGAAGGCCUUGCUCUUCGAGUUCGGGAGUGAUUUCUAUCCAAAGGACCUCCUUGGGAAUGGUGUGAUCCAAGUAGCCGGCGGCCAAGCGGCGCAAGGCCAAGCGGUGUUUUGCAGCAAGUUUUUGGACUUGGUUCCUGUGCGGCGAGACCGGGUGAUCUACUGGGAGGAGGGGGUGAGUGCACCUCCGAGUCUUCCCGUGAACCCUGUGAGCUGCAUCCGGAUUCUGGUUCUGCAAGCUCAGCCGGAGUGGAUCAACUUCUGGUCGAUCCAAGUCCGACGGGAGUGGGAGAACAAAGUGGGCACGCGAAUCCUCGAGCCGCGACCUGCGAAAGACAAGGAAUCGGUGGAGCCAGAUGAUCUGUUUGCUCGUACAGGUUUCCGACAAGAUAGAGUUCCACCGAACGAGGACAGUCAAUGGUACUGA